CUGUUCUUGUUGCCAACCUCUCCCUUGGGAGAUGAGCCAAUGGGAAGUCUGGGACUCUUCCCUGAGCCGUGGCAGAAGUGUCCUGGGAGGAGUGAAGAUCUUAGGAGGAAGGAGGCAGGAGGAAUUGGAGCCCAGCAGUGCAGGAGGCUGCACUCCAUUUCACAAUGGCCUCCCUUGCUGCAGCAAAUGCAGAAUUUGGCUUUGACCUGUUCAGAGAGAUGGACAACAAUCAGGGAAAUGAAAAUGUGUUCUUGUCAUUUCUGAGCAUCUUCACUGCCCUGAGCCUGGUCCGUUUGGGCGCUCAAGGGGACUGUGCACAGCAAAUUGAUAAGGCCCUUUACUUUAACACUGGCUCAGGACGGGGAAACUCUUCCAAUAACCAGCAGCCGGGACUCCAGACUCAACUGAAAAGAGUUCUUUCCAAUAUAAAUUCAUCCCACAAAGAUUAUGAACUCAGCAUUGCCAAUGGUCUUUUUGCAGAAAAAGUGUUUGACAUUCAUAAGAAUUAUAUUGAAUGUGCUGAAAAAUUAUAUAAUGCCAAAGUGGAAAGAGUGGACUUUACAAAUGAUGUAGAUGAUACCAGAAAUAAGAUUAAUAAAUGGAUUGAAAAUGAGACGCAUGGGAAAAUAAAGAAGGUGUUCAGCGACGGCAGCAUCAGCUCCUCCGCGGUCAUGGUGCUGGUGAACGCCGUGUACUUCAAGGGCAAGUGGGAGUCAGCCUUCACCAAGAGCGAGACCUUAAACUGCCGGUUCAAGUCUCCCAAGUGUUCUGGGAAAGCAAUUGCCAUGAUGCAUCAGGAACGGAAGUUCAACUUGUCUACUAUUCAGGAUCCAUCCAUGCAGGUUCUCCAGCUCAGAUAUCAUGGUGGUAUAAGCAUGUACAUUCUGCUGCCUGAGAGCGACCUAUCCCAAGUUGAGAACAAACUGUCCUUUCGUAACCUAAUGGACUGGACCAAUCCAAGAAAAAUGACCUCUCAGUAUGUGGAGGUGUUUCUUCCGAAAUUCAAGAUAGAGAAGAACUAUGAAAUGAAAGGGCAUUUGAGAGCCCUGGGGCUGAAAGAUAUCUUCGAUGAGUCCAGAGCUGACCUCUCUGGAAUAGCUUCGGGAGGUCGUCUCUAUAUAUCCAAACUAAUGCACAAGUCUUACAUAGAGGUCACCGAGGAGGGCUCCCUGGCAACCGCUGCCACAGAAGGUAACAUCGUGGAAAAGCAGCUCCCCGACUCGACGGUGUUUAGGGCCGAUCACCCCUUCCUGUUUGUCAUCAGGAAGAAUGACAUUAUCUUAUUUGGUGGCAAAGUUGCUUGUCCUUGAACAUCAUAUGUUUCUAUUAUAAUAGUCCCUGCGACAUCAAAGACCUACGUGAAUAGAUUUGUUUAGUUGUAAUCACAUGGUGUUUCCUUUGACUUUCUUUCCUCCUAAUAUUGGCCAGCAGAUAAUUUUGGUGAUCCGACCCUUCUCAGAUGCCUGGUUGGUUGUCUUGAUCUCUGAGCUUAGCCUUUCUACUUCCAUUUGCUCCCCUGGCUUCUAAUUUCAUUGGCCUUCCACCUCACUCGUUUCUGCACUUCUUUCCUAUGGCCCAUCUGGGGAUUACGGAGCUUGCUUACUGGCACUGAGAAGGUAGAAGCAGCACUAGGAAUCCUUUUUGAAACUCCAGAUACUGCAGAUUUUCUAGGGUGGUUAUGAAUGAUCUAGGAAAUAAGCCCUGUGCUUCCUAGAAAUCAGUGUGAAGCUGACUUUAAUGCAUUUGUUUAACUCAGUGUAUACUCUAGAUGCUAAAAAAAUAUGGACUUGGGACUGGGAUCAACAAAAAUAAUUCAUUAAUGAUUUCAAAUUGACAUUUUUGGGCUCUCCUUAGGAGACUUAAUAUGUACAUAGUUUUGCAGAUAUUAAACACCUUUCAACUGUUGGAUCAAUGUUGUAAAGUUUACAAGUUUUUCCUUUGUUUAUCAAAAUAAAGAAAUAUGACAUCUGUA